UACUACAGUAACUGACUGGAGGUUUUGUUCUUCCGGAUUAAACCGCUUAUGGGACAUUGGUUCUGACGUUUCGCUUCUCUUGCUGGAAGCAUCGUCAGGGUGCGACCACAUCUUGUGGAGGUUAAACGUGAAACGGAGCGUUUGACGAGGGUGGGUGGGUUUCAUCACCAAUGGGCAUCACCCUCUGUCACCCGUCGUUGCCAACCUCUUCAUGGAGGACUUUGAGGAACGUGCGCUCCAAUCAGCCGUGCAAAAACCCACCUGCUGGUGGAGAUAUGUCGAUGACAUCUUCCUGAUAAGCCAAAGGCAGGCAUGAGCGCGGCACACCUGAGCAAGUGGCAGAGGAGGUCCUUUGACAUUUCAUCUGGCACCUGCGCACCUGAACAGAAGGCGGAUGCCAUCCGAGGGCACAUCCUGGACAUCCAGUAUGCAUGGUCGAGCUCGCUGCUGUCAGGGGCGGCAACCGGCUACCUGCUCAGGGGCCGCAUGGAGCUCUAUGCUGCUGUGCUGGACUUGGAUGACCCGCAGGGCGGGCUUAACAACUACGCCGAGAGCGUGCUGCAUCUGGCCCGCGGACACAGGAACGAGAGCGUCAGUUGGAGGUCAGCCUUGACGCUGGAGGGCGUCCUAGCAAUGCCCUGCGUGCGCAGCAUGUUGUGCAGUAGAAGUGCAUCCAGCUGUCCUUCGGUGACUCCUGUGGAUGCAGAUGUUGUGGUUGGGAAGGCUGACCAUGGGGCCAGCGAUGUGGGCAGCAGGCCUGUGCAAGGGACCGGCAUGGCGAGUGUGUUUCCCGAACCCGAGGGCAGUGGCACUCCAAAUGACCCGCGGAGAGAGGAGGCAGCAAAGGGGGGCUGCCUCUUGUCUCUCUGUCUUCCUCCGGUGUCCACUAGCAGGCCUCAACCUGGAGUGACUCCCCUGUUUGCGACUGGGUCUGUGGCCAACAUGAAAUGUCCCACCCAGGUGCACUCUGUGCUACAGGAGAGUGUCUUCCCCAGCCACCAGCCGGUAUUCUGCCCUUCCUCAAACCCCUAUAAGCGGAAGGUCUUCUAUGGAUCAGUUGAGGAGAAGAACAGAGGCUUGCUGCCCACCCAGGGAGCAGAAGCCCGAAGUAGCUAUAAUGUUGCUGGAAAGAGAGAGGUGGAAGGACACAGUGCUGCCUUCAGAUCAGCCAGGGAGCAGCUGGUUGUUGAGCAACAGAAGAAGCAUGGUCACCAGCCCCAGCGAGCACAGCUCACUGCUCCAUCUGCAGGGAUCAAGAAGUCCUUGGGAGCCAACAGGCCCCGGGGUGCUUUUUCCAAGUUUGUGUCGCCCCUUCCCAGGCAGGAAGGAUGCGAUGGUGUUGGAGGAGUUGGGGCAAACCAGGAUCAACUUCAGCCCAUUGACGACCGGUUGAAGAACUUCGAACCCAAAAUCAUCGAGCUGAUAAUGAGUGAGAUCAUGGACCAUGGUCCCCCAGUGUCGUGGGAGGACAUUGCAGGACUUGAGUUUGCCAAGGCUACCAUUCAAGAGAUCGUAGUGUGGCCCAUGCUUCGACCUGACAUCUUCACUGGGCUCCGCGGUCCCCCAAAGGGUAUACUGCUCUUUGGUCCCCCUGGGACCGGAAAGACUCUGAUCGGAAAGUGCAUCGCCUGCCAGUCGGGAGCUACGUUCUUUAGCAUCAGUGCCUCAUCCUUGACCUCCAAGUGGGUUGGUGAGGGUGAGAAGAUGGUGCGGGCACUUUUUGCCAUUGCACACUGUCAGCAGCCUGCUGUUAUCUUCAUUGAUGAAAUUGAUUCUCUCCUCUCGCAGAGGACAGACGGUGAGCACGACUCUUCGCGACGAAUCAAGACCGAGUUCCUGGUGCAGCUGGACGGCGCAGCCACCUCGGCCGACGACCGGAUCCUGGUGGUGGGGGCGACGAACCGACCACACGAGAUCGACGAGGCAGCCCGCCGGAGGCUGGCUAAGCGCCUCUACGUUCCCCUCCCCGAGGCUGCGGCCCGUCGGCAGAUCGUAGUCAACCUGAUGGCCCACGAAAAGUGUCAGGUGGAGCCAGAGGAGCUUGAGAAGAUUGUGGUUGGCUCCCAGGGUUUUUCUGGGGCAGACAUGACCCAGCUGUGUCGCGAGGCAGCGCUAGGCCCCAUCCGGAGCAUCCGAGUAUCCGACAUCGCUACCAUCUUGCCAGAUCAGGUCCGGCCCAUCCUCUACGCAGACUUCCAGGAGGCCUUGAAGACGGUGCGACCCAGUGUUUCCCCGAAGGACCUGGAGCUUUAUGAGGAGUGGAACAAGACCUUUGGCUGCGGCCGUUGACUGGGGUCCACUGACCCGUGAUGUUCUGCUCUCUCACAAGACGGAGACAUUCUCUCUGGCUGACGUUUUCUGUGGGCUGUUGGCCGUAGGGACAGUGUUAGUGACACGUUUUGUCUUUGUCUUCCUUUUGAUUUCAUAGACACCUCUGUUUUUUUUUUAGUUUGUAAAUUGUUGUUGCUCCGGAAGUUAGAAAAGACACACAAACUAAAAGCCGUUUCCUCACCAAAACUGUCUCAGCUGUCCUGUCAGAUAUUUCCAGAAAAUCCUGCUGCAUUAGCUUCAUUACACAGUUUCACCUUUAGGAAUCAUAUAAACAAAUCUUUCCGUUUUAAAAAAAACGCAGCAGUUUGAAAAGUGGGAAAUGUUACUAAAUGUUUGUAUGU